AUGGCUAAGGGAAAUGAAGAUGAUUUGUUUAUGCUUGAUGUGGCAGUCCCACCAUAUGAAAAUGAAUUUGAAGAGGAACAAUUGAGAGAAGAUUGCAAUGAAGCUUUAUCGAAAUUGCCCACUACCGAAGUCGGCUCGUUUCGAUGGAAUAGCCUUAAAAAGAAAGUGGUCGAUUACAAAGAGUAUCUUCAAGCAAAGUCAAAAUAUCUAGAGAAAGUGGAAAAAGAUCGAGAUUUGAGUAUGGAGCUUUAUGCAAAGAGCGUAGGACUGAUGGAACAACUUGCUGCAAUUGAACAAGAAGCCACUGAGAAGAGACAAUCAACACGUCCAAGUAAACGACGCCGAUGUUGA